AUUAACGUGAAAUUUAAAUCGUCGUUCAACGCACGUGGGGAACCGUUCGUCCCAAGGUCUGUGAUUUGAUCUUUGAAGAAAAAGAGUAUGCCACUUCUAUGGUUGUUGGUUCUUUUUCUUGGAAGCCAUGUUAGUUUAGCUAACAARUACAGCAAAGAGGCGAACGAAAAGGAAUCUUGUACGGGGAGCCAUUGCCAUAGAACGGCAGAUGAGGGUCCCUGUAUUGACGAUGGAAAAGAGAAGUUAUAUCGAUGGGAUCCUGUUAAGAUCGGACACGUUCGAGAGCUCAAACUCGAAGGGAAGAAAACAUAUAAAAUGAUCACAAAGGCGAUUUAUCCUCCUAUUUUUGAAAUCCCAGAUUUUCUGUCCUCUGAUGAAGCUGAUCACAUCGUUGGCAUUGCAAAGAAAGCUGGCAUGCAUGAAAGCGAUUUGCAUUGGGACUCAAUCAGCACAGAUCACAUGAAGUUGAUCCGAUCAACUGAAGGUCAUUCAAAUAGUCCCACGGGACAUUUUCUUAACUGGGAUAUCGACAGAGAUUUUGAGAUAACAAGAGAUGAGAUUAAGAUAUUUGCUGAAAGAGUUAAAUAUUUGGUAUUGCAAGAUAAAGAUAUCGAUGAAAUGGUUGAGAAACUUAACUUAACAGAGAUGGCGGACGAUAAAAUCGAUUAUGUUGAAUGGCAAACCUUUCGAACAAACGCCAUCGAUAUGUACCUUAACGAUCUAAAAGACUACCACCCACACCAUCGACACCGGUUUAGCAAACAAGUGUGGUUGCAUCAAGGAAUCAAAGCUGAUAAAACCAUGAAAAGACUACGAAAAAGAAUAUGGAAGCUAACAAGACUUCCAAAGUACAUCGUCUAUGGUGGAGAACCCUUACAGGUUGUAGGGUACGAUGAGAGAGGUCAUUACAAUGCUCACUACGAUGGAACGAGAAAGUCUGACUUCCCUAAUGACUCGUGUUGUCAUUUUKACCUGGAAAACGUCCCAAAGUGUAGACUGUGCAGAUAUAUUACCGUCUUAUACUACCUUAAURACGUGGAGGAGGGAGGUGAGACAGCCUUCCCUGUCGCUGAUGUCGAAAACUUCAACGAAACAGCAUUCCGAGAUCGUAAAGAUGGCGAUCUAUACAACCUCGGAAAAUACUGCCACUCGGCCAAACUMGUKAUUCCUCCAAAGAAAGGCAAGGCCAUCAUGUGGUAUAACUACCUGAGGGACGACAAAACAGGCUGGAUGGGACCUAGGGAGGAGAGGUCACUCCAUGGCGGAUGUGACGUCAUAAAAGGACACAAAUAUAUAGCCAAUAACUGGCUUCCAGCACCGGAGCCAGACUCUGCCCAUCUAAGAAGUAAUUAUCUUAACGACAAAGAGCUUAAAUCAGUCAAGGAUUAGGUUUUUUUAAAUUACAUGUUGUUGUUGUUGUUGUUGUUGUUGUUGUUGUUGUUGUUAAUGUUGUUGCUGUUGUUGUU